AUAUAAAAGCUGUCGGACCGAGAGAUCAGUCGAGUCGAGUCUUCUGCAUGUGGUGUAUACGGUAUAGGUCUAGUCUAGUCGAGCGUGCGGACUGUACUGCGGACAAAAGACGAUGAGUUCGAAUGGAUGAAUUGAUUGUCAUGACAUGUUAAUAAGUAUUGAUUGAACUCCCUCGAGUAUCUUUUGAAGCUGAGACAUUUAAAUCCCCCACUGAGCUGCGUUUGGCAACAUGUACGGAUUUGGUGUUGGGUUUUGACGGAAGAAGUCCAGUACAGGUACCGGUAUCUGGAUUUUGCCAUUUAUCUCAGACUCAGUUCAGACUUCAGUCCAACGCAUUACAUUGUGUGUCAUUACCUAUUUGAUUUUGAUCACUGCACUGUCCCUGCCAGGCUGCGUUGAUUGUUGUCAUCAGUAUUCAAUGAUCACUUUGACCGGAUCCUGACACAAAUAUCGUUUAUGUAACUAUGGCAACAUCUUCCAUGCCACCGAGAGCUGAUGAUUGGACUCCUGAAGAUGGAGGUCUUCAUGAGGCUUGUGGUGUGUUUGGUUGCGUUGCUGCAGGAGAAUGGCCAACACAACUGGAUAUACCUCAGCUCAUUACCCUGGGUUUGACUGGGCUUCAACACAGGGGUCAAGAGAGUGCCGGUAUCAUCACAAGUCAAGGGUCAUCCAAGAAAUAUCACAAGCACAAAGGUAUGGGUAUGGUGACCGCUAUCUUUACAGAUGAGAUCUUAGCCAAGUUGCAGGGGGAUCUUGGGAUUGGUCAUAAUCGCUAUUCCACAGCUGGAGCAUCGGAGCUCUUGAACUGUCAGCCGUUUGAUGUGGAGACGAUCCAUGGACGAAUUGCUGUGGCACAUAAUGGAGAGCUGGUGAAUGCUGCUCAGCUUAGAAUGAAGGUAUUAAAGCAUGGUGUAGGCCUGUCCACCGGAUCUGAUUCUGAAGUCAUCACGCAGAUGUUGACCCAUGCCCCACCUGAAGGGGAACCAGAAGGCCCUAACUGGCUUGGUAGAAUACGACAGCUGAUGAAUGAGGCUCUCAUGGCUUAUUCACUUCUUAUCCUCCAUGGUAGCUCUAUCUACGCUGUCAGGGAUCCUUACGGCAACAGACCCCUCUGUAUCGGCAGGCUUGUCCGAGCAGGCCAUAUCGUUGACUGUCCAAAGGAUGAUACUGUUGAAGGCUGGGUAGUCUCCUCAGAAUCCUGUUCCUUCCAAUCUAUCGGUGCUCAGUAUUACCGCGAGGUCCUUCCAGGGGAGAUCGUUGAGAUCACAAAGACUGGUAUCAAAUCUUUGGCAGUUGUACCACGUCCUGCUGAAGAUCCACAGGCUUUCUGUAUCUUUGAAUAUGUCUACUUCUCGAGACCUGACACCAUUCUUGAAGGUCAAAUGGUAUAUUCGGUACGGAGGAGGUGUGGUCAACGCUUGGCCCAGGAAUCACCAGUUGAAGCAGACAUCGUUAGCACUGUACCAGAGUCGGCUACUCCAGCAGCAUUAGGAUUCUCAUCUGUGGUUAGUUGAAGCUUUCAUUUUCUCAAGAAUGAGAUUAUUUUGUGAGAGCAGAACAAUGUAACAAAAUUGAGAAAUUAAGUUGAAAUCAAUUAUGACUUUUAGUUUAUGGCUUGCCGUAGUCUUUACAAUAUUCACAAAAAAGUUAGUUCUCCCUAAAUGAAAAUGGCAUAAUUUUUUAGCAAACUGAUUGGUUGGAGUGUUCCUACAAUAAUGAUUAAUAAAUAAGAGAAUUUUGCUUUUAACCCUAUCUAGGCCGGCGUAUUUUGGGAGAUCAUAUGGCCGGGGGGGGGGGGCCUCUCAGGCCCCCCCUUGAGAUCUCAGCCAUCGAUCGCGCAAUCGCGCCGAAAAUUGGCACGCAGCUUGCCUGGAACAUAAAUCUACAAAAUUCUGUAUUAAAGGUAAAUUGUGACAUUGGUUUAAUUCAAUUUUUUAAAAUAUAUUUCGCGCUUUGCUUUCCGCAAUAUUGAUAUACAAGUUCUGAUUCCUAACAAUGCCUGGAUUGGCCAGAAUGUACUGUUUUGUUUUUCCAAAAAAAUAAAAUAGAUGAGAAGUCCCGAAUUGUCUGCUUUAUUUGGAAGUAUGGUUAAUCGAAGGAAGGAAAUAUGAAGAGCGCCACCUUGAGACCAAAUGAUUCGAUAACUUCCGAUCAGUGCAAGACAACACCGCCCAGAUUCGUGCCGUGUGCACAACAUUUACUUUGAAACGUACGAUCGACCUUGAUCACAUUGUCAACAAUACGGGGAAAGUCCCGCUUUGCUACACGUUGACCGCGCAGACUGAAAUCAGGGUUGUUCUGUUCCUAUAUUUCCUUCGAUUUCGUAGAAAGCGUGUGUAAAUACGGAAGAUGCCUUGGACGUGCAGGCCCCUGUAAUGCACACUUUCAAAGAAUCAGAUACCGCGGACAUGUCAAAUCCUUGGUCAAACGUGCUUCGUGCAGUGACCAUCACGACAAUGACGUUAUGCAUGUUCAGCCCGGCUACCCCCACUUCUUUCAAAUUGCGGUGAUUUGGGUUUGUGUGUGUGUGUGUAUAUGAGAGAUUUUUUCCUUUCUCUCAUAUAUUUCAUUUCUCUCUUUAUUACUUCCUCAGUGUAUGGAAGGCUAGGCAAGCAGGACGGGAGGCGUGUAAGGAUGCUUGUGAAAGGGAAAGAAAAUGGCUAUUCGUAUUUCUUUCUUCCUUCCUUCCUUUUUUUUUUUCUUUCUUUCUUAUUUUCUUUCUUUCUUUCUUCCUGUUUAGUUACAUUUUAUUAUACACAACUUUUCCUUUUCUAAUUCCGUUCACUAAACUGUUAUCACGUUUUUUGAUUUGCUCAUUAUGAUUCAUAUCACGUGUUGUAUGAUGUCUUUAUUUAUGAUACUCUUGAAAAAAAAAAGGAAAAAUAAUAACUGUGCGUCCUAUAUAGACUACCUCUAUCAGUAAAUUACAGCCUCCACCUACAAUACCGCGUGCUCUGUUUUUUGUAAUAUAUAUAGCCUACUAUUCCGUUUCUUUUAUUUUGAGGCCAGCUAUAAUAAAGGUUACGAGUCAAUCAAUGACAUGUCAAGCUGCCUACGUGCUUGGGUCGAAGAACAUCACGAAUAUUGUUAUAUUUUGGGGAUUUCAUUUCAUCUUUCGUUCCAAUGGGGUGUAUGGCUUUACGAUUUAAAAAAUCUGCUCGCGGGCGAGCAUAAAUGUAAUUUUUUGAAAGUAUAUUCAUGAUUAUUAUUAUACCUCACCCUUUUUCUUUUUUCUGUCUUUAUUUUCUCCCCCGGGGGGCGGGGGGGGGGGGGGCACUCGACCAAAAAAAGUGGUAGGGGUGUGCCGCUGGCGAUCGAGACUAAAAACGGGGUCUUGGAGCGGGCUUAUUGUAAAGAGGAGGGCCCUCGGAACGGGCUUUUGGAACUACAAAUGUUUGUGAAAAUGGGGGUCCUUGGAACGGAUCGCCAGCGUGUGAGUGCGUAUCAUUGGCGGCGGAAGCAAAAAAAAUUAGGGGAGGUCCACCUGAAAUUUUGGGAUGGACACAGGUAAAAUUUGACAAGCCCCCUCCCCCUCCCAAAAAAAAGGUUAUCAACCUAAAUUUUAGGGGGGGGGACCACAAACAUUUCAGGGGGGUCCACGUGAAUUUAGGGGGGGACGCACGAAACAAAAUGGACAAGC